CUGACGAGCUACCUUGCUCCACAGCACAGGUUCUUAGUGACUAAGAAGGUUGAUGCCUGUCAUCAGUUAUGGCUUUAUCCUGGGAUUCUCACUGCUGCAUUGAGGAUUCCUGGCAGUAAGCAGUGUGGAACAGUCAGAAACACCUGCAGCGAGACAGAGAGAGAAAGAGAGAGAGAGACAGACAGACAGAGAAUCCCAGCCAAAGGCCAGCCCUUUCCACUCUGUGCACUGGCUGGACUGCGUGACAUUGUGGAAGAAAUCUCUUUUGGGACCCACAGCACUCUGAUUCUGUCUUCACCCUGGUGAGACACAUGUUCAGUCUCCAUCUGAGGAGCGGCCAGUGAAUCAUCUUGAAGGUUCAGCUUUGAGGUGGCUCCCUCUUACCCCUUCUCAUUCCCCUGACCACCUAACACUGCCUUCCACUGGAGCUAAGGGCCAUGGAGUUGAAAGUGUGGGUGGACGGAGUUCAGAGAGUGGUCUGUGGAGUCAACGAGAAGACCACGUGCCAAGAGGUGGUCAUAGCCCUGGCACAGGCCAUGGGCCGCACUGGGCGUUACACUCUAAAGGAAAAGUGGAAGGACAUUGAAAGGCAUUUCACACCAGAUGAGAAACUCUUGCCAUCCCUCAGUAAGUGGGGCCAACAAACGAAAGACGUUCAGCUGAUACUAAACCGCACCGGGCCUUCCCUCAGCCUGCAGCCUGUGUCAGAGAAGCACAGAAGGUCAGAGAGGAGUGUUUACAGACAGAGCCUACCUCCGUUAGCAAAACUACGGAGUAAGAGUGACAAAAACAGUCACGUGAAGGAAGCUAAGAGGAAGUCCCUAAAUUUUGCUGAAGGGGCUCGAGAGUGGCUGGGAUCGUUUGGGAAGAGCAAGGAAGGAAAGGUCAAGAGUAAAGACCCGGGGCCUGAGAAGAAGGCCUCAAAUUCUGACCAACAUCUAGGAGAGGAGCUGAACCAGCUGCUGCAGCGUCAGCGACGGAAGCUGACAAGUAUCCAAGCUGAUUUGGAGGCGAGUGAAAUGGAAAUUGCGAAGCUACAGGAAGACAAUGAGCCAGACACCCACGAGGAGAUCGUCAGGCUCCAGGAGCUGAUAGGUGAGAGGAGCACGGAGGCCGAGGAGGUGGAAUUCUGGGAGAACGAACUGAAAGCCGAGCAGCUCCAUGGGGCAGAGCUCCAGGAGCAGCUGGAGGAAAUGAAGGAGAAACUGGAGGAGUGCGAGGAGAAACUGAGGGACUGUCUGCUGAAAGCCCAGGACCUGGAGGCUGAUCUGGAGAUUGUCAGGUCUCAGAGGGAAUGGCAAGAGUCCAAAUCCUGCCAUGACAUCAGGAUCAAGGUAGAGGAACUGAAAGAGGAAAUAACUGUUAAAUCUCAGGAAGCUGUACGACUGGAGCAGGAUGUAAGGCUGGUGGAGAAGGUCAUUGAGAGGGUGGAAAAUGAAAUUCAGAGGAAAUGCUGUGAGCUGGAAGAUUUGACAAGAGAGCUACGACAAGCAAACCUGCUCCAGUUCAUUCGGCAAACAGGGACAAAGGUCAGCAUUCUCCCAGCCCAGGAGGGACCCACUCAGGUUAUUGAAGAUCAGCUCCAUCAAAACUCUCCCGAAUAUGAAAUGCUUCCUGCCAAAGCCAAGAUUCUCCAGUAUUUAAUGGUCUCCAGUUUUAACCAAGAAGGGAUCUAUGUAUAAAUUUCAUUUCAUUCCAUUCUGGACUUACACGAGUAAAACAGAUCACUCCAACACAUGCAUAGCCUGUGCUAGCAGACUUGGCUCAGAUAGAGUUGAUAAGUAUCAGGCAAAUAGGAAGCAGCAGUGGAUUAUUGGAAACAUUAGAAGGGGGUCGAUUUUCUUGCUUUAAGGCUUUUGCCACAUGAAGGUAACCUGCAUCCAAUUGCAUCUUGUAUUUGGAUGUUGCUGUUGGUCUGGACGCAAUAAUAGCAUGGAGGCAUUACCCUAAUGCAGUUCAGUCACAUCCAGAAAGACCCGGUUAUGAUACUGGGAAUGAAUCUGAACAUUUCACUUAUAGUAUUGAAGCUGGUGCAAUUCAUUUGUCAGCAGUAACAGUACAAAGACAGUGUUCUGUACAGGGUCGACUACAGCAAUAAAUUGUACUUAUAAAAUGACAUUAAUUAGAUAAAAUGCACUUAAGCAUUUUGGCCCAAAGAGGCUGAAAGCAUGGUCACCAAUAGUGGAAAAAUUAGAAUCAGGGAGCUCAAGGGGUCAGAUUGAGAUGAAUGCUGAUAUCCAAAGGGUUAAAGAGAAGAUUGCAAGUAUAAAGAGGGCAUCCAUCGAGCACAGUGCACAGAUUUGGGAUGGCAAAUAACAUGCUGUGCAUUUGACUGUUAAGUCAUUCUACAGUGCAUUUACAACUGGAACAAUGUAUACUUUGUUAGCCCAUUGGGUCCUCUAAUUUGUACUUAUAAAAAGACAAACGUUAUGUUAUUGCAUUAACACAGUCUAUCUUAUGUUUUCAUGUGAAUCUGACACAGAAACCGAUGCUAACAGGAUAUAUAUAAUACCCAGAGAUGUGUUACUAUCAGGAACUGAAGGUUCGCUGUUCUCCUGCAGUUUACUAAGUUCCUGUGCAUGUACGUGGGUCAUGUACUCAGACUGAAAACCAUAUUUCCAGACUUGCAGGAUUUCAAUUUUCUUAUUCACUGCACAGUAUUGUAAUCAUCUCUAAUCUUGCCAACACAUAAGCGAUGUAAAACUGGUGCAGGGGACAUACAAUACAGAAAACACUGCAAAUGCAAAAAUGUACUGGAUAAUUAGAGAAUGAACACAUCUUUUUCCCACUCCAAAGUUUGCCGCUCUAUAACAACAGCAGUUGAAAGGUCAAUCGUCAAAACUCGAAAAAAAGUACAUUGAUGGACCUCGAAAGGAAGCAAAAAAUUUCCGCCAUUAUCACUUUGCUAGCAAUUUGUUUUAUCCAUCAAACAAUUCAGAUCGUUUCAGAUCACUUAACUGUGAAAUAGAGUCACAUGUCAGUGUAAUUCAUUCUUAAAGCUACUGUGCUAACAGUGUAGCUUGUUUUCCUGUACCAUGGGCUUAGAAGUACUUUAGGAUUGUCCUGGUAUCUCCAGUAAUGCAGAAGUCAUCUAACAGCACAGAAAUUGGCUAUUCUAUCCAUCAGUUCUUUGGCAGAUUAAUCAAAGCACAUGCUUUGAAUAUAAAUAUCAUUAGUUAUAAUAACAUUGAAACUUGGAGAAAAAAUGUUUAUGACCAGAUUGUGUGAUUGGAGGCAGGAGACGAUGUAGUGAAACUUUGAGGAGUGUAUAAAACAUUCAUAAAUCCCUUCAUGUGAAAUGGUUCUAUCCAUUCACCUGCAUUCUGAUUUUCAUUGCGGUUGCUGGGACAAAUGUAGGGAAUUUCUUUGUUGUCUUCAGCAUAGAUUUGGGAGAGGUGUAUUUAGUGAGCUCACACAUGUCAAAGCCCAAGUUUUCAUUAUUUUAGUUGUAAGUGCAGAGUAGGAAAAGUUACAAAUUUCAAAAUUGCCCUAGACUGUCAGAUUUUGGUUCAGUGCAACUGGGGAAAGGGUGAUAGGUGGUGCCAGGGAUGGUACCUCCGCAAGAGUUUGAAGGCAGUUUUUUUGCUGUGUUUAGAAAUAGUUUGCCAGCUUCAGUGCUCCAGUACUUUGUCCCUGCAAAAAAAAACAAACAUUCUUCUUGCUCUCACCAUCACAUAAUCCCUGUGCCCCACACGUGCCACCUCAUGCUUCCUGCUAAUUCCAUUGCCCUUCAUGCCCUUCAUGCCCUCCAUGCCUGCCUACAGCCCUUCAGCCUACUCGUGACCCUUUAUAGCCCCAUGUCAACUUAGUGCCAGCUCGUGCCAAACAAGACCCUCCCCAAAUAACACCCUUUGUCCUUACACCCUCUAUGCCCAACUCACCAUGUAUCCAACAUGAGCAGACUGCAGCACCCAUGCUGAAGUGAAACAGGUUUUGAGUUCUUGAGAGUUAAUGGCGAAUUUACAACUUAGAAAGCACUCUCAAUGAACAAAAAGUAUGUACAUUUCACUUUCUUCAGUGACUUAAUUUAAUGAGUUUGACAGUUCUGACAACUUGACAGUUCCAAUGAGCUUCAUAAUCCUGUUGACAACUUGACAGUUCCCUUGACAGCUUGACAUUACCAAUGAGUUUCAUUGUUUCCUUGACAACUUGACAGUUCUUUUGACAGUUUGACAGUUUCAAUAGGUUUAUUCACCUAUUAUGCACAUUGAUGUCUACCUUUAAUAAUCUCCAAAAGCACAAUAUCUCUCAAAGAACACCAUGCCUGUCCCAAAGAGCAUCUUCCCACCUCAAAGACAUCCCUGGGCCAUUCAAAAGAGGAACCAACGUGACACCAAAGAUCUAAAGCAGCACUGGACCUUCUUCUGAAAAGUGUAAAACCCACAGUUUUGGACAGGCACAUUACCUGUAACAGUGCAACAGAAACAUUCAGUCUCAGAGAGCUAGUACAAUUCUUCAGGAGUUGAUGCACUGUAGCCAAAACAGGUAUAAUGGGAAUGGGCCCUUGAUCAUGGUCAACAUUGAAUAUUAAGGAUUAGUCCAAACUUGCUGUCCAUAUUAACUAGUUUGUAAACUUUCAUUCCAUUUCUUAUCCAAUUGAGCAGUAAGGAAGAUUCAAUAAGUAACACAGUCCCGAAGAACACCAAGUCCGACGAGCUGAUCUUUCCUCCAAUAGCAUUAAACUCAUAACUACACUCAUGUAAAAGCUUAGCUUAAAGGGAUGAACUUUUUCACAACACACAAUGUUGCAUCAUGGCACAGACUGUGGCCCAGUCAGGCCUGUACCUUGAAAACAAUCACUUGACCUCACAACAUAUGGUGUUCUAGUAUAAAGGUACACACCUAAUCUUCAGCCAUUCUUUCUGUAAUGGAUUCAGCGCAGUGCCUUUAGACAGUCAGCAAUGUGCACAGUAAGCACAUAACCCAGACUUUGUGCAUAAAUCUGUGAUAUUGCAGCCACCAAUAAACUUAAAGACAUGGCUAUCUGCGGUAUAUGAUGUGUGCUAAGAUGUAAAUAAAAAACUAC